GCGGAAAUAUGGGGAUUUAAAUACUGCAGGCAGCUAAUUCAGCUCUUCCUGCAGCUGAAGGAACGUUCUUUAGCUGCAGGAAUACUUUUGGAGGAGGCUUUGCUUUGCAUGGGAGCAGCUGGCUGAGAAUGGCACCUGUGUGUGGAGUCACCUGCUGGCAGCUGGCGUGUGACACCGAGCGUGGAUGGGGGCCAAGGUCCAGGAUGGAACAUUCCUGCUCGCUCCUGCUGCUCUGUGUUAGUUUCAUUUUUGCACGAGCUCUGCCACCCAAUGGAACAGAACUGCCCAAAACAACCACAACAACCAACUCCACCGAGGAGAACACCUUGCACAAGGAGCUGCUGACCUCCCUGCUGAUCCUGGUGCUGGUGGUGGUCAUUUUCGUGGUGCUGGUGGGGUAUUUUUUCAGGUUCAGGAGACACAGGAAAGCUGUGGUCAACUCCGGAGACAAGAAGAUGCCAAAUGGGAUCUUGGAAGAACAAGAACAGCAGCGGGUCAUGCUGCUCAGCAGGUCUCCCUCGGGCCCCAAGAAGUAUUUCCCCAUCCCUGUGGAAAACCUGGAGGAGGAAAUCCGGAUACGCUCGGCCGAUGAGGGGAAGCUCUUCAGGGAGGAGUUUAAUUCAUUAACAUCUGGAUAUGUGCAGGGAACGUUUGAAAUGGCAAAUAACGAGGAGAACAGGGAGAAGAACAGAUAUCCCAACAUCCUGCCAUAUGAUCACUCCAGAGUGGUUUUGACCCAAAUUGAUGGAGUCCCACCUUCAGACUACAUCAAUGCAUCAUAUAUAGAUGGUUAUAAAGAAAAGAAUAAAUUCAUAGCAGCACAAGGACCCAAGCAGGAAACAGUCAAUGACUUCUGGAGGAUGAUCUGGGAGCAGAAAUCGGCCAUUAUUGUCAUGUUAACCAACCUGAAAGAAAGAAAAGAGGAGAAGUGUUUCCAGUACUGGCCUGACCAGGGCUGCUGGACGUACGGCAGUGUCCGUGUGUCCGUGGAGGAUUCCAUGGUGCUGGUGGAUUACACCAUCCGCAAGUUCUGCGUGCACUCGCUCCAGGAGGGAUGCAAAGCUCCAAGGCUCGUCACCCAGCUCCACUUCACCAGCUGGCCGGAUUUUGGGGUGCCUUUCACACCUAUUGGCAUGCUGAAAUUCCUGAAAAAAGUCAAGACCUUGAAUCCUGCCCAUGCUGGACCAAUCGUGGUUCACUGUAGCGCGGGCGUGGGGCGCACGGGCACCUUCAUCGUCAUCGACGCCAUCAUCGACAUGAUGCACGCCGAGCACAAGGUGGACGUCUUCGACUUCGUCUGCAGGAUCCGCAACCAGCGGCCCCAGAUGGUCCAGACUGAUAUGCAAUAUUCCUUCAUUUACCAAGCCUUACUCGAGUACUACCUCUACGGUGACACAGAGCUGGAUGUGUCAUCCCUGGAAAAACACCUCCAGACUUCCCACAAUGCAGCCCCAAACCUGGUCAAAAUAGGCCUGGAAGAGGAAUUUAAAAAGCUGACCAACGUGCGCAUCAUGAAGGAGAACAUGAGGACUGGCAACCUCCCAGCCAACAUGAAGAAAGCACGAGUCAUCCAGAUCAUCCCCUAUGAUUUUAACAGAGUGAUUCUGUCCAUGAAAAGAGGGCAGGAGUACACAGAUUACAUCAAUGCUUCCUUCAUAGAUGGCUACCGGCAGAAGGAUUAUUUCAUUGCCACCCAGGGCCCCCUGCCUCACACGGUGGAGGAUUUCUGGAGGAUGGUGUGGGAGUGGAAGUGCCACACCAUCGUGAUGCUCACCGAGGUCCAGGAGAGGGAGCAGGAAAAAUGCUGCCAGUACUGGCCAUCAGAGGGCUCUGUGACUCACGGAGAGAUCACGGUGGAAAUCAAGAGUGACAGCCUGAUGGAUGCCAUCAGUGUGAGGGACUUCCUGGUUACAUAUAAUCCGAGCAACCAGGAGAAGCAGAGCAGGCUGGUCAGGCAGUUCCACUUCCACGGGUGGCCGGAGAUCGGGAUUCCUGCCGAAGGGAAGGGCAUGAUCGACCUCAUUGCGGCUGUGCAGAAGCAGCAGCAGCAGACAGGGAACCACCCCAUCACUGUGCACUGCAGUGCUGGAGCAGGGAGAACAGGAACCUUCAUAGCCCUGAGCAACAUCCUGGAACGGGUCAAGGCUGAGGGGCUCCUGGACGUGUUCCAGGCUGUGAAGAGCCUGAGGCUGCAGAGGCCACACAUGGUGCAAACACUGGAACAGUAUGAAUUCUGCUACAGAGUGGUACAAGACUUCAUUGACAUCUUUUCAGAUUAUGCUAAUUUCAAAUGAGAAUUCUGCCUUAUUUUUUAAUUUGUCUGUAUAAAUAGUUGUAUAUUAUGUUAAUUUAUUCUGUGUCACUUGGAUUGUUGACUGAACUGUAAAUACAACGAUGUGCUGGCUCUGAAAGUUGCAUUUGCUGUAUAAAGUUGUUUCUUAAAUAUAAAUAUCUUCUAAAGCAAAGUAUAAUGUUCCUAUACUGUAUAGCACUGUAAGAUGGGAUAGAAAUCUUUAUUCUAAAUAACAAAAAAUUAAUUCUCGGGGUUUUUUUUCCUUUGGAUUUUGUCACUCAUAAAUAUUUAUCAAAAACAUUAUCUCCUAAUUCUUGAAUUUUUUGACAGGUGAUUUACAGUUCAUCCUAAAAAAAAGUGAAUUUGGGUGCACAUGUUUAAACAUGUUUUGUUCAGCAGGAAAAUAUGUUCACCAUGAAAAUAGAUAUUUAUUUUUCCAAGCUGUUUUAAAGAACCUCCAGACUUUAUUGGAUUUUAAGUCUUACUGUCCAUAGGAAAAAUCAGUAGAAAUACAGAUUUGAAUUUUUGAAUUAACAGAACUUUCAAAGCCCCGUUCAUUUUUUUUUCACAAAUAUUGUUUAAGUCAACUUAGAAAGGCAAUAACGUGAUUUUUAGAAUAUUUUGCAUAUUUGAAAAGUAUAUUUUUCAGCACCUGAACUUGUCGAGUUGAAGAGAAAAGCCAGAAAUGAAGUUAAAAGCAUCUCUUCUCUAUAAACACCUGCAUAAUCUCCCACUCCUUUAAAAUAGGAGAUGAACUCUUAUUCCUUGAUUUGACUCAGCAGGAUAGUUAAGAGGUAAAAAUUGGAAAAAAAAAAAAA